AUGACUUCCUUGAAACCUCUGCACGCAUACAAUCUCAGGGGCGAACAACCUCAGCGGCUUCAAGAUUUUGCGUCGGACUUAAAGAAGGCCUUGGAUGCCGUGACCCCGACUACUCAGGGAUACUACCACGAUGUUUCUGUGCUGGCCCUACAUUGGCAGAACGAUGAGAUGGGCGUCGGUCGUCUUGAAGCCGAACUCAUUAAUAUUUUCGGGAGAGUCUACAAUUUCAGGACCGAGAGUUAUCUAAUUCCAGUCAAUAACUCAUACAAUUCUUUGACCGCUAAGCUCCUUUCAUGGUCUAAUUCCAGGGGAGGAGAACAUACACUUAGGAUAGUGGUGUAUUCCGGGCACGCACAAUAUGCCGGUACAACGGAUUCUAAAUGGUAUCUAGCGGGGAGGGCCGGUGCAGCAGGAAACCUCGUGGGGGCUAGGAUUGACUGGAGACGCAUAAGUGGCGUAAUUGAUACUAUGGACGGGGACGUCCUUUACAUCUUCGACUGUUGCUCCGCCGCUUCGGUGGCCAUGAAAAGUGGCCCGGAGACGAUUGCGGCUUCGGGAUGGGAGCAAACGGCAACAGCGAACCUCCACUCUUCGCUCACGCAAGUCCUCAUAGACACCCUUGACGACCUGAGAGGAGCACCUGAGACUGCUGCCGGAAUAUACGCUCGACUCUUCCGAAAUGCGUACCAAAACCAGAUAGGCGCUUGCCCUGUACAUGUACCGAAGGACGGGUCUCCAAGUAUCACUCUCCAGAAACUGCAACCAAGAGAGGCACAGAGACUACAGGCUUUAAAGGCCCCUGGAUUCAACAGGGUGCUUAUCAGUGUCAAAAUCCAUGAUGCCCUCUCAGAGCUGGAUCUGAAAUCAUGGACCAAGUGGCUUACGACCAACAUUCCAUCUGGAGUUUUGGCUGUAGAUGUAAAGACAGAGGCCGCCUUUCAGGGAUCUGGUCUUAUCCUUGUCACAAUGCCUGUACAAUUGUGGACAAUGCUUGAAGAUCGCACUGCCUAUAGCUUUGUCGCGCAUGUGACCUCAAAUAAUACCCUUCCCUGGCUCACUCAAUCUCUCCCUAUACGCCCUGCGGCUCCGUCUGGGCCAGAGAACCAACCCUUCCAUCGCAAAGGAAGCAAGUAG